AUGCGGCAUAGAUAUGAAAUUAUCAUUAGGUUGUGUGUGAUACUUCGUCGCCCUUGCUCUCUCCGCGCCCUUCCCGUCGCCCUCCCGCUCGCCCCUCCCUUCCCGUCGCCUUCUCUCUCUCCGCGUCGCCCUCUCUCUCGCCCCUCCCUUCCCAUUGCGCUCUCCCUCCGCUCCCUUCCCGUCGCCCUCUCUCUCGCCCCUCCCUUCCCGUCGCCCUCCCGCUCGCCCCUCCCUUCCCGUCGCCUUCUCUCUCUCCGCGUCGCCCUCUCUCUCGCCCCUCCCUUCCCGUCGCCCUCUCUCUCGCCCCUCCCUUCCCGUCGCCCUCUCUCUCUCCGCGCCCUUCCCGUCGCCCUCUCUCUCGCCCCUCCCUUCCCGUCGCCCUCUCUCUCGCCCCUCCCUUCUCGUCGCCCUCUCUCUCGCCUCCCCCUUCCAGUCGCCCUCUCUCUCUCCGCGCCCUUCCCGUCGCCCUCCCGCUCGCCCCUCCCUUCCCGUCGCCUUCUCUCUCUCCGCGUCGCCCUCUCUCUCGCCCCUCCCUUCCCGUCGCCCUCUCUCUCGCCCCUCCCUUCCCGUCGCCCUCUCUCUCUCCGCGCCCUUCCCGUCGCCCUCUCUCUCGCCCCUCCCUUCCCGUCGCCCUCUCUCUCUCCGCGCCCUUUUCGUCGCCCUCUCUCUCUCCGCGCCCUUUUCGUCAUCGUGACCCAUUCCGUACUCUGCCUCAAGUCCAAGGCAGCACAUUGA